GCAUGGUUUUAAGGCAGCAAGUAUAAUCCACCAGCAACAAACUCUAUUCACUGACAGAUAGUUCACCUUAUUUUAUACUUUUACGAUACUCAAGUUCCUUUUAUAGCUCAAAAGCACAGACAGCAGAUUGGCAUUUAACAGUGACAUAUAUCGCAAAGUGCUGCCUGAGAGGCCUGACUCAGGGCAUUAUUCACACAUUUUCAGAGUGCGCGGGAUAAUUACAAAUUGUCAACAGCGCCAUUGUUUUGCUAACACUAACGUUGGUUAUCAAAUGGGCGACAUAGCGGGCUCUCCAGCGUUUGCAUGAUGAUAUCUUUUCAGUCGUAGCUUGAUUUUUAGAGAGUGGAUUCAAACAAACACCCAGGGACCUAACCUUAACGCUAAUCGAGUUGAAGCAGUUAUUGAAAACAUAAUGAUAGCUAGCUAAGCUAAGCUAAGCUAACCGUUAGCAUAACUUAGGUUUUGCUGUCGCAAACAGUCAUUAAAAGAUAGACUUAGCUAGCGUUACUUAACCUAAAUGGAGACAAAGUACCCUACCUUGAGGAGACCAAAGAGGAAACUCUGCUAUCUCACAAACAAGGAAAGUCCAUUGAAACAAUGGACAGGAACAUUGACAUUGGGAGACAUUGAUAAGAUGUUUGAUGACUUGGAUCCACCCUCACAUGUUACUGAUGACACGUUAACCCCAUCUGCUCUGCUCCAGACCUUUGACAUUGAGUCAAACCAGUGUGAGAGAGAGGCUUCACCAGUCACACAGGAAGGACUUCUAACAGAACAACUUCCAAGAGGCCAAAUGAAUUCUAAAGUAGACGCACUGCAUCCUGCAUUGUCACCCAGUCCUAAACUAGACAUUGAUUUGGACAUCCCAUUCAAAGCACAUAUGCCAGUGAAGAUGUCCAGCCCUAUUGAAGUGAAUGUGGUUGUUGAAGAGCUGGACAAUAAGAAAGACCAAGUUGUUUCCCCAAUUCUCUUCGCCUGUGAAGAUGAAGGAAAAGAAGAGGCAAAGACGGAGCCUCUGCUCAUCCAGGAUCCACAGCACAAUGGGCACGGCACAGAGGAAAAUGACUCUGAGUGGGAGUCUCCUCCAAGCAAGGUCGUUUUCAGCAAACCCAAGAUGUCCAGUCACCAAAAGAAGGUGGAGGCAUCCUGCAAAGAAAAAACACCCAAGAAACCCCAAACACCUGAGUUGGAGGUCAAAAUACAAACACCAUGGCAAGAAAACGCAGAGUCAGCAGUGAGACAGGAGCCUGAACUCACAGCUCCUAAGAAGAAAUCAGAAAAUGUCCACAGCCAGCCAUCGGGGGAGUCGACCGGUGUGGCAAAGGACAUCACUUCCUUUCUCCAGAAGCUUAGAGGUGCCGGACAGCCCAAACCCGCAUGUUCCAGGAAGUCUCUGACACCGGAGAAAGUAGCCGCUCCUCCUGAACCUCCUGAGCCAGAGGAGGAUUUCCUCAUUCUGGAGGAUGACAGACCUCUUUGGUUUUCUAUCCCAAGUAAAACUGCCACCAGUAAAAAACCAAGACAGGGCAGAACCUCCAGCACUGACAAAGACAGCUCAACAGACAAGGAGACUGCACAAAAACAGCAGGAAUCUGAACAGGCAAAGGACAAACUGGGAAGUCAGACUGUCAAUCAGAAAACAAGGAAGACGAAAGGGGGAGAGAAGAAGAAUAAGGUGGCUGAGCCUGGAAGUGAUGAGGAGGAAUUGUCCAGUCCUGAGGAUCUUCCUGCAGGCGACUUAAUGGUAGAAGAGAAACCAAACAAAAAAAACCAACGACGACGAAGGAAGGUAACAUCUUUAGACAGUGACAAGGAAGAAGAGCCACCGAAAGACGGAGCCAGCGGGGAAACGCAUGAAGAAAAACCCGCUCACGCCACAGAAAAGAAAGCUCCGAAGUCUUCUGACACGAAGAGGCCGAAGUCUUUAAAAGAUGGGAAUGAAAAGGCAAAGACGAGCAGGGCGAAGUCGUUGAAGGGGGGCAGAAAAGGGAUGCAAGGAUCUGAUGCCGCAAAGCAGGCGAUGAGCGACGAGGCGGAGAGGGAACGAAGCCGGAGCAGCGAGGAGCAUGCAGACGCUGAAGACCUCGGUUCUCUUCCAGACAAAGAAAUCCUGAAUUCUGAAGCAGAAACGGACAAACGCAACAAAACACCAGCUGUGUCUGACGGGAGUUCAUCUGAAGACCAUCAGAUUCUUGGGAAAAGGAAAAAGAGGCCGCCUGGACAGUGGUGGUCUGGCCAACAGAUUAUAGAGGAAACCAAGGUCACGGACGACCAGCCCACUCUCAAGAAGUCCAAGCAGCACAACCAAGAGCCCAGCGCAGCAGCACCGUCACCUGUAGAGACCAAGAAGGACCGAGUGUUAAAGAAAAGAAAGCAGAUGCAGCCGGCACCGCCGUCCACUCAGAACACAAAUAAAGCUAAAGGAAAGAAAACUAAACGGAACAAAAAUACAACAAAAGACAGUCGACCUGAUGAAGUAUUUCAAGCGAUUGAGGCCGAGCAGUAUGAAGAACAGCAGCAGCAACAGCAGGAGGACCAGGACCAGGACCUGGAUGGACAGUCUAGCCGUCUGGUCCUCUCACGCAAAGACCACAGCCUUAACUCAGGGGAUCGAGUAUUUGAAAGAGUAUACCACCGUGUCUCCAAUGAAACACUGUCCAUCACACCAGUGCCCGGCUCUCCCAGAGGGUGGAGCGGGCAGCUCAGGGCGGCAGAAUCAGAGAAACGGAGGAGGAGGAAAGCGCCCGGCAACUGGUGGAAGGUUGAUGACUUGUGUGAGGACGUGGAGAGCAUCUCCUCGCAGCAGCCGGGGCCCAGACCUCGUACGGAAAGAAAAGAAGUGUCUAAGCGGAGCAGAAUUCCUCGACUUGGGACUCCCACAAACGGCAACAUGGCGGUCUCAUCAAAACCACGAAGGAGAGCUCCCGUGUCUCUUCUGGAAGUGAAGCCAACGUCGGCUCCAAAGACCGUGAAACACUCUCUGGCCACAUUUAAGGACAUAUUCACUUCAGUCUCAGAGACCCCGGUCAACAGGAGAGAAAGAGGCCAGAAACACAGACGUAAAGUCGCUGCUCGUCCUGCUGAGGAAGUCACCGCUACCGUCUGUACGAUAUUCAGUGGAAACACUGAUGGAGAUAUUCUCAGGGUGGAACCCGGGAGCCCACAGAACAGCCCACCCAACAAUGAGAUGCCGCAGGACAGCACCUGUCAGUCAGAGAACAGGUUAAAGAUCCUCAGAAGUGGGCCGUCCUCUAUAAUUGAGCUGAAAGAGUACGAGGAGGAUGAGAACUUGAUUCUGGUACCACCCAGCUUCCCCGCUGCUCUCUCUGCAUCAGAUCUGUGUGCUCCUCCUCUCAAACCGCUGGUCUUACAGCCGAAGGAUAAAGCCAACCUGACAGAGUGGUUUAAGAGUCUCUGGUCUGUUCCUGUCGACAAAGGGGCUGAGGUCACUCCAGACCAGUUUGAUUGGUACUUCUAUCAAGGCAGAGCGUUCGGCGUCCUGGUGGAUCUGAACUGUGCCUCCUUCUGUAACGGAAAGAUCCUGCUGGGCUCCUACAUGAAGAAGCCUCUGUGGGUGGAUCACAGCGCCACAACAGUUUUUAACUUAUUAACGAGCUCUGUGAGCGUAAGCAUCGAUGGCAAGGAAUCCUGCUUUAAUCCCGGACAGUCCUUCAUGGUGCCAUGUGGACACGCUUACAACAUCCAAAACGUCAUGGCACAGCCUGCUGUUCUGUACUUCACCAGGAUAUUAGCAGAAAGCUCAGAUUGAAGCUGUUUCUGAGAAAUGACCAAACACCCUGAAUAUGUAAAAUAGAAAAAAGGACUGGGGACGUGUGCGCCAUUAUUUAAAUUGACUUACUUUCUGUAUUGAAAUUUCACGUGUAAAUAGAAGAACUUUGGUAGUUUUUAAUGAACGUAUUUGAUCCUUAGCUUUGCUUGUAAUGAUGUAAUUCUGUUAAAAAUGAUUUGUAAAUAAGGUUUUGUGCUUGUUGCCAUUUCCUAUGAUUUUUCAUGUAUUGUUUCCAGCCUCUGAGGGGCAGUGUACAGCUGUAGUCAAAUACCACAACUGUAAAAAACGAAAUAAAAAAACAAUGAAAUCUACAGUCAGAUCUCUAUAUUCCAGGAUACUGUGUUUGAAAUGUCUUUUUACAGCCAGAUAUACAGUAUAGUAGUACUACAGUGUAAA